GGAAAACCUUCUAAAUAACCUUCAACUAUCGACUAAUACACUCCCUUCUUCAACUACUCUCAUGGCAAAAAACGAUCAGCGAUUCAAGGGAACAGCAAAUAAUCCAAAGUUUCACAAACCUAAAAAGACGCAACAGAAAGUUGUACUUGAUGAUCGUUUCAAGGAUCUCUUUGAGUUUGAUAAGUCUACAAAACUAGAUAAGUAUGGUCGUAAAUUGAAAUCAAAGGAUGAUGCAGAACAACUCAAGCAGUUCUAUAAGCUAGAUGAUACCGAUAAGAUGGAUUUCGCUCGUGGUGAAGCCGUAAUGGAAGAUUCUUCAGACAGCAGCGAUGACAGCGGAGAUGAUCCAGCAGAUUCCAGCGAUGAUGACGAUGAGGUUGAACUCCAGCCGGAGAAUUACGAGAACAAACUUAUUGGCUCUGACGAAGAGGAAAGCGACGAAGAGGAAGAAGACUCACCUGAAGCACUCGACGAUGAUGAGAUCAAGGACGAGAUGCGUAGGUUAGAUGCUCAAGCUGAAGCCUACAACGACGGUCACGUUGAAGAGGAAACAAUAGACUUCACCACUAGAUUGGCUGUUACUUCACUCGACUGGGAUCACUUAUCAGCUACGGAUAUCUACGUUGCUCUUGACUCCGUCAUGCAAACUACAGACCUCAAGAAAUCACUUAAAAAUGUCAAAGUUUAUAUGUCUCAAUUCGGUAGAAAGCGACUCGAACAGGAGGAACAAUCAGGUCCUGCGCUCGUUAGUACCAAAAAAUCAAAGAAAGGUAAAGAACGCGAGGUUGAUCCUGACUCUGCAUUGCGUGAAUAUCAAUUGGGUAGACUCAAAUACUACUACGCUAUCGUAACAAUGUCAUCUUCAAAAGCUGCCCAUAAGCUUUUCACGGAAGCUCAAAACACAGAGAUUGAACGUACGGCUAAUGUAAUUCAAUUCGAAGUCGUACCUGAUGGUGUUGAAUUCGAUGAAGUGGAUAUAAGAGACCAAGCUAGCACAUCUUCAGAAGCUUAUAAAGGUGUUGACUUCACUACUCCUGCAUUGAGACAUUCCAAGGUCAAGUUGACAUGGGAUGAAGAUGAUGAUAAGCGCGUCGCAUUGACAAGAAAAAGAUUCAACCAAGCAGAUAUUGAGCAAAAUGACUUCAAGGCUUAUAUCGCAUCUGACAGUGAUAGUGAUGAUGAUGAUGAAACACAGAAGAAAAGAGCUGCGCUCCUGAGAGCUGCUCUUGGUGGUGGUGGUGCUGAUGACGCUCGUGAGCUCAGAGGCGGUAAGAAAGAUAGAGAGGGUGAAAUGGAGGUUACAUUCGCACCAGGUUUGAGUGAGAAGGUUGACAAGAAUGACGACGAGAGUGAUGAAGAGAAUAUGACGACACUCGAGAAAUACAAGAAGAAGGAGAAGCAGAAAAAGAAUGCAAGGAAAGAAAAGAAGAAGGCCAAGGAUAACGCCGGCGAAGAAGAGGAAGAGCAUGUUCCUGUACAGGAUGACGCUGGAUUUGACGAUGAGUUCUUCCAAUCUGGUAGUGAAGAUGAAGCAGCCUUUGAGAACAGGAGAGAUGAUGAGGGCAUCACUAAACCAUCAAAAGGAGGCAAGAAAGACAAGAAAGCUAUCAAGGAGCCUAAAGACGAUAAAUCUCGAGUAGAAUCUACGGCCGAAGAAUUGCAGCUUUUGACUAACGAGGAUGAUGAAAAGCACUUCGACAUGGAUGAAAUAAUAAAGAAAGAGAAGCAAUCUAACAGAAAGCGCAAGCACAGAAAAACUAAAGAGGAAAACACGAAGGACGACUUUGAGAUUGAUAUACAAGAUGACAGAUUCAAGGGCGUCCUGGAUGACCACCAGUUUGCAAUUGAUCCGACAUUGCCAAACUUCAAAGCAACUAAGAACAUGAAAAAAUUACUUGCUGAACGCAGUAGCAGAUCACAGGCUAACAGUGGACAAGACUUCAACGCAGACAACGACAGAUCAAUUAACAGCCUGAUCAGCAGUGUGAAACAAAAGUCUAACAAGAAAUUACGUAAGAACUAAAAUUUGCCUCCUCAGUUGGAUUUGGUAUAUAUUAAUUAACUAGACUAAAACGGCGAAAUUAAGCCUAAAUAAAAUAAUUU